AUGAGCCAGUGUAAAGGCCAAACGUUUGGCCAGUACAGCACUGAGAGCUCACUUGGUGAUCCACCCAAUGUGCCGCAGGCAUGUGCAGUACACCUGAACUUCUUGUUUGUCAACUGCUUCUCUGAUGUGGUCUUUUAUGAUUGUGGUAACCCUGCCAUCCCACCCAUGCUGAGUGGCCUGGCCAGGGUUGUCAAUGGCACGGAUGCUGUCCCUGGCUCCUGGCCCUGGCAGGUGUCCCUGCAGGAUGAAACUGGCCUCCACUUCUGCUCCCUCAUCUCCCUGUACUGGGUGGUCACCACCUCCCACUGCCAGGUAAAAAUAAAUGAGAUGGUGGUGGCUGGGGCUUUUGACCAGGGAUCCAAUGAAGAAGGCAUCCAAGUCCUAGAGAUGGCAAAGUUUUUCAAGAACCCCAAGUUCAGCAUGCUCACUGUGAGCAAGGACAUCACCCUGCUGAAGCUGGCCACACCUGCCCAGUUAUCCAAGACCGUGUCCCAGUGCCUGCCCAGUGCCAGUGAUGCCUUUGCUGGGACCCCUUGUGUCACCACCAGGUGGGAUAGACCAAGUACAAUAGCGAAAACCCUGCAACCUCCAUCCGCAUCAGGAGAUGAGAACAAGAUUGUUGGCAGCAGCACCACAAUGGCAGUCACUUACGAGCCAGCGCUCUUCAGGGAAGAACAGGUAGAUAAAGCUGAGGUGUAA